AUGGAAAUGAAGACAUCUCAAGUGUGGCAUCUAGGCAUGGGUGAUAUGCAGGUCUUGCCUGGAGCUCGCCACCGCCCUCCUUUGAAGAGGCCAAUGUGGAUUAUUGUUUUGGUUUCAAUGGUCAGCUUGUUUCUAGUCUGUGCGUAUAUCUAUCCACCACAAAGCAGUAAUGCUUGUUAUGUAUUUUCAACGAGAGGUUGCAAUGUUAUAAGAGAUUGGCUUCCACCUGCUCCUGCAAGGGAACUUACGGAUGAAGAAAUUGCUUCUCGUAUUGUGGUCAGGGAAAUUUUAAAUACACCUCAUACUCCAACAAAAAAAUCGAAAAUUGCUUUUAUGUUUUUGAGUCCUGGUUCAUUACCUUUCGAGAGACUCUGGGACAAAUUUUUCUCUGGUCACGAGGAUAGAUUCUCUGUUUAUGUGCAUGCAUCCAAGGAAAAACCAGUACAUGUGAGCCGUUACUUUGUUAAUCGAGAUGUACGCAGUGACCAGGUGAUAUGGGGAAAAAUUUCAAUGGUUGAUGCGGAGAGACGCCUAUUGGCAAAUGCUCUUAGAGAUCCUGAUAACCAACACUUUGUGUUACUUUCUGAUAGUUGUGUGCCCUUGUAUAAGUUUGAUUACAUCUACAACUAUCUGAUGUACACAAAUAUAAGCUAUGUUGAUUGCUUUUACGAUCCUGGCCCUCAUGGGAAUGGCAGAUAUUCAGAGCACAUGCUACCUGAAGUUGAGAUGAAAGACUUUAGAAAGGGUGCACAGUGGUUCUCAAUGAAGCGACAACAUGCUGUGAUAGUUAUGGCCGACUACCUUUACUAUUCAAAAUUCCGCGAUUACUGCAAGCCUGGCUUGGAAGGGAAAAAUUGCAUUGCUGAUGAACAUUAUUUGCCUACCUUCUUCAAUAUAGUUGAUCCUGGUGGAAUUGCAAACUGGUCAGUAACACAUGUUGAUUGGUCUGAGAGAAAGUGGCAUCCAAAAUUGUAUAGGGAUCAGGAUGUUACUGAUGACCUUCUGAAGAAUAUUACGUCAAUCGAUUUGAGUAUUCAUGUGACAAGUGAUGAAAAGUCAAAGGUAAAGAAAACAGCUUUAGUAUCCGAUACUGAUGUCCAGGCCAAUCUUCGUCCAGAUGGGCGUGGUUUUCUGGUAAGUUUUGACAUAGUUGAACCACCUAUUCCGCAACUUGCUGUCAUGGAUUCUGGAAGUUCUCUUACAUGGUGUUUGAUAUUUGCAAGUCCAGUGACAGAGUUAGAUGUAGAAGAAAGAAGGGACGGGGUUGCUUGGGAAGAAAAAGAGGAAGAUGUUGCAGAAGAAAUAGGAGUUGCAAUACUUAGAAUUAGUAGUCAAGAGAAAGUUUCGAAAUCCCUUCAGUAUCUAACCAUGGAAGGCAUCAGUGUUGGAACGAAAGGUCAUAAUAUUGACCGAAAAGUCUUUGAAAGGGAUCCUUUAGGUGAUGGGGGAGUGCUCAUAGGCUCAGGAGCCACUCUUAGCUCCCUAGCAGAGGGUGCAUCUAAUCCAUUAAUUGAUGAAAUAAGGAUGCUUGAUGGGGAGCUAAACGACUCAAGAUCCUAG